UCUAGCUUACCCUGCAGUGGUUCCUUGUCUCCCAAAGCCCUCGAAGAUGAGUACUAAGAAUCUGUGUAGAGGGAGCGCUACGUUCCCACCCUUGGUAGAUAGCACAGAGAAACCAUGAAGGCAGCUCAAAUGCUGGGCCUUCUGGCAGCGGAGGAUUGCUGGAGCACUGCUGGUCUUCAGUGUAUGUUAGAAGGCCAACAAGCUUCCUCUGUUGGCCACAAGCAGCAGCAGCAGCCACGAGGUGCAGGAGAGCUGGUGACUGACCAACUCAGCUACCGCCCAGGCCCAGGUCUGGGCUUUGAGCUGGCCCACCCCAACAUCUACCCCAUCUAUGAGCUGCUGGAGUGUGUGAAGGGGCCAGUCCUGCAGAUCCAAAUCUGCAGGAUCUCCACAACACAGGGCAACAACAUAAUAUCUGAGAGGAGCCCCACACCUUAUAACCUACUAAAUGGGAAUGAUGAUGGCAGUGCUGAUGGUGCUGAUGGUGGUGGUAGUGAUGGUGCUGCUGGUGAUGGUGAUGAUGGUGGUGGUGAUGGUGAUGAUAGUGGACUCAUGGGUGAGACUAGCUGGCCAGCGAGCUUGAGGGGCCUGGCUGCCCUCUGCAUCAGCAGCACUGGCUGUGAUGCGCAGUGCCACACGCGUGCACCACCACACAGGCUUUCACGGGCUAAACUCCAGUUCCAAGAGGAGAACCACAAAGUCCACUUGAGCAAACAUCCUAUGGCAACCCCUCCAACCCUGCCCCUUAGCAACAGCCAGUCAGGCUACAACAGCAGGGUCAAGGGAGGAGGGAUUUUGUUCUUCCAUUGGCCCCGCUACAGUGCAGUCCUCGCUACAGGACUGAAGCAGGGCCAGGGCGGAUACGUGAACACCGAACAGAGGCAGCAAGGCCGCGAGGAAACAGCGGCUCCAAAGCGGAUGAGCCUGGCCCUCAGCCCUGAUAUUAGGCUCUCAGGCAUGCCCAAGUUCUUGUGGAGCCUCGGGUGCCGGGAGGAGCACAGCGCCUGCUUUGCAGGCUGCUUCACCGAUGCCGAUGACAGGAGUGGGGCCCUGGCACUUGUUUGGUUUCUACGGCUGGGGAGUGGAACCGCAGAAUAA